AUGAGGCAAGUAUUUCCGGGCCGAACAUUUUGGGCCCAACAGAUGCCCCCUGGCCCAAGCUUUGAACAGAUGUGGUAUGUUAAUCUGUUAGAAUCUUGGGCCGACUCUUCAACACCAAAAGGUUCGCCUAAAGCCGUCAUUCUCCAUUUCCAAACUUUGUUCCAUCUUCCAAAGAGAAGCUUGAAAGAAAACCCUAGAGAUUUCCUCCAGCUCAAACCUUCGUCAAUCAUCCCACUCGGUGUGAUAAUGUCUUCUCGUUCAUCUCCCGACCCUGCGGAUCGUGAUGGAUACAAAAAUGCCUUCGAACGCAUGCGCAAAUCGUUCGACAUUCCAGACAACGUGUCGGUGAGGAUGCUCUCGGAGGCUGAGCUUCGAGAGUGGCGAUUCAAGGAUGUAGUGAAGCCUACUGAGAUAGUCAUGAGCUUGAGGCAUAUUGAAUGGCUCCGCUUCCCUCUUCCAGCGUUGCUCGUUCAGAUAAUUUCAAACUCCGGGGCUCAUAUUUCGCAAUUUCUUCCAAACGCCAUUCAAUCAAUAGUCGGGGCCCAGAUGAUAGGGAGCCUUAGGAAUGUCAAUAUUCAAUCGGACGAUAUUUACGCGUGCUUCACCAAGUCUACAAACAAGGUGAUAGAGGGAAAGCCUUGGAAAACUUUCUACCUCUCUCCCAAAAAGGAUCGGACAAUGUUUACCAAUUUCGACAGCUCUCAUCGAAAUUGGGAUAAAUACUUCUUUGCUGUUGGAGGAGCAUGGUACCCUGAGUACGUGCCUCAGGAAAUUUUUCCUCUGGCCAGGGUGUUUAUAAAAGAUUUUUCUUGGCCUCAGGUCAACAUGAGUUCUGAGCGACAGAGCAUGCUGACAGAGAAGGGGCUUCUUCACGAAUCCAAGGAGAACGCCAUUAGUAUCAGGGGUGUAUUGAACUCCUACUGUAUGCAGAUUAUGACUCGGCUCUGCUUCGUGGAUCGGGUCGACCCUGGAGCUGUGCGGGUUAGAUCGCAGAAGGGUGACAUGACCCUAGGUAAGAUUACUGCGGCAUGCGCGAAGCAGCUGGGAGCUUUCCUGAAGAAAUCUCCUCCUACUCCUUCAACUCUAUCACUGACGAAAGCUGAAUUUGAAAGGGCGUGCACUGAAACCUUCAACGCGUGUGCCAAGCGUCAAGGGGUCCCAGAGGGUAAAAAGAAGGAGGAUUAUGUACUGGCUACUGAGUCUUCUCCUGACAAGCCUGGCCUAUCGCGCAGGUCUUCUCGCAUCCAAGGGCGGUCGUCCACGCCUUCUGACGCCCUGCAAAUCAAGCCUCUUAAGCAAGUACCUUUGCCUACGGAUGCCUUGGGAAAAAGGAAGGAUCGUGAGGAGUCCUCUUCCGAAGAUUCGGACGACGGGAAGUACAUUUCGUCGAAGCUUCGGAUCCCGAAAGGCUCUGUCCCCACUCCUCAAGGAUCUGCUUUAGCAAUCCCCAAAUUUUCCCCCGGUAAAUUGCCAAUGGGUCAGGCCCUAUCGUUGUGUAAAAGGCCACGUGGAUUUGCCCCUGCUGGGCAUUUACCUGAGGCAUCUUCUGUUACUCCUGCAAUUGGAUCUUCCUUGGUAGCAGGCUCAGAAGGGAUGGUUCAUGUAGAGGGCGCUUCCUCUUCUCCUUCCAAACUUCCAGCGGAGGCGACUAGAGAUGGAGUUCCGGAUGGCUUACCGUCGGAGGUGAAGUCGCCUGCAAUCUGCGCGAAGUCGUCAGAGGCGUUGACCUCAGCUUCUGAUUUACCCGAAGGGUCUGCUGUUGGCCAUAAACGUGGCUCAGAGGGGAGACGCCCUUCCUCUGCUUCUCGUAAAAACAAGCUUCUAGAGGAUGCUUUCGGGGAGGGUUCUGAAUAUGUGGAUACCAUUUCACUGCCAGUUGAGGCAAGUAAGGUCGUUGAGCCCGAAUCUAUCCCUGGGGGCCAGGAAUCAGGGGCUGUUAUGGCAACAAGUGUUGAUAGUCUUGGUGUUGACGUUCCUUCAUUGCUACCUACCGCUUCUGAGUUUCAUCCAGGAGAUGUCGCUGCUGUGUCCCCGAAGGGUAUUGACUCUUUUGAAUCUCCUAGUGCUUUCUUGGAACAGCUCACGUCUUCUGCCGUGCGGACGCCAGUGUAUUUCCCCAGUGAUUUGGGUGAGGAUGACAGCUUGUUUGCGCGCCCUUCGAAGGCGUACUCUUCCGGCAUGGGAACGGUUGCGUUGACGUCUGAUAGCAUUAUGGUAUCGACGUUAGCAGAAGGUGAGAAGCCAGUUGCCCCCGUUGCUUCUGCGGCUGUAUCUGCAGGGGGAGAAGCAAGUGACAGAACAGGAGUAAUGUCGGAAUAUGGCCCCUCUGCGUCUAACGAAGUGAUGGAGGAAAUGCUACGCAUAAGCAGACCCCAUCUACCUACAGAAGCAGUUGGGUCUUUAAGUGGACAAGGCGAUUUGUUGCAGCAAGUAUCGGACCACAUCUGGAUGAGCUAUGUAUGUGCUUCGGCUGCAAGGCGAGAGUAUGCGGCGGCUAUGCAGAAUGGAACCAAAUUGGCAGAGCAGAUGGCGAAAGUAGAAGAGGAGCGGUCAGGGAGAAAGAUGGCUGAAGCGAAUCGAGAUGUGCUGGUAGAGGCCAUCAAGAGGCUAGAAGCAGAGUUGGCAGAGGCGAAAAAGAGGGUGACCGCGAUGGAGGAGAAGCUGGUAAGCACUGUUGGGCUUGAAGUGGAGCGAGACAAACUGAAAGCUGAUUUGGUGGAUAUGACCAAUAAAUGGAUGGAGAAAAGUCAAUUCUGCGUUCAGCAUGAAGCUCGCAUGGAAAAGCUUAGCAGUAUGAUGAGUGACCUUGACGAGGAGAUUGUGUCGUUACAGACUGAUAAGGAGACCUUAGAGAAGGAGAGAAAAGAGCUGGAGCAAAGGGUGAACAGUCUUGAGUCCUGCGCAGCGGAGGCCAAGAAGCAGAAGUUAGAAACUGAACUUCUAUUUGGGAAGAAGUUGAAGGAAGCAGAAGAGAGGGCAGUAGAGGCAGCUGUUGAAGCCACUAGGCAGCGUAUUCGAGACCGAGAGAUCACUGAACGCAAAUUUGCGAGAAUGGCAGAGGUAGACACUGCCAAGUAUCUGGAUUUGGCGUUACGUAACAAGAAGCAGACCCCAGAGGAGAAAUGGGCAAAGCUGGAGAUGUAUUGCAAGAACGUCGAUGUAAAGAUAGGAGAGUAUGACGUCGACAAGUAUUUGAAUGAACUUGGGGAUUUGCAGAUUUCUUAUCCGCCAUGUCAUUUGGAGAAGUUGAAGCUGAGGGGCGAUGCGCUGGGAUCGAUGUAUAAUGCCGAGGGGGAAGCCGUUGAAGAUACUGUUGCCAACUUGGCUCCUGAUGAAAAAGCAUCAGGUUCUACCUCUGUAGCUGAGGGCAAGUCAGAGGGUGAAAGAGGUGUAUGUUGUAUGACGUAUUUGGAUCAGGAGCUUCAUAGAUCUUUUAGGCCUUUGCGUGCGAAAUACAGCGAAAGAUUAUACAGAUGGUGGGAGAGGAUGCCCAGUGAGCACCGUGAGUGGACGAAUGUUCCCUUUUUAAGGAGAAUCUUUGACAACCCACAGUGGCUUUACUCAACGUGGGCUCUGGAAGAGCUUAUCAGAAGUGGCAUCCCGUACUAUAUAUCUUGUGAACGCUACGGGCUAGGCUAUCCGAAGCUAGAAAAUGCGAUGUCAGAGUACAUACGACGUAUCGAAUGGGAUUAAUUAUGGACAAGAGAAUAGAGCAAUUAUAAAGUCAGGGGUGGAUAUUGCCAUUAAUGUAAUAUAACUUAUAAAUAACAACUUCUGAUGUAUUGCUAUUUUUUAUAAAUAACUUAUAAAUAUCGACUUUUGAUUCCACGCUUUGCAUUUGUCAAUUGAAGUUAUUGCACAAAUAUUGAGAGAGGAAUUGAGUAAAGGUGUGUUUGUGUCCCCGCACUUAGCAUCUGUUAAUUUAGGUUGCUGUGAUAGUUGUGUCUUACGCCCGCGAUGUGAGCAAUAUUGCUGGGGGGUGCACCUCCUUACGUAUGUGUAGUAGUUGUAGUGGUCUUGUUCGGGUCUGGUCAUGCCCCUAGGGAUGGAAACUUUCCCAUUAGAUCAAAGGGGUUGACAUGACCCGGACCGAGUGCGGAGGUCAUAGCGUAGGGCACCGAAGCAGAUGCAAAAAAGGUCAAGAUUGUGGGGCGGUUAUCUUUCCAGUGCACUCAUACCGUGUCGCGUGGUGGGGGGGAGCUUAGGCUUCCGUGCAUCCUGUCAGAGGCACUCAUUGUGCAGGAUAUGGGUGCGAUUGCGGGACAAGUUCCUCCCGGCCUUGGAUUGCCAAACCAGUUUGUGUACAUUGAAGAGGAAUCCCAAUCAUGACAGCAGGUGGUUCUGCUGUGAUAGUCAGGGCAGAUUAGACGGCUGGAGGCGCUCCUCUUAUGCGAGUAAGAGGGUAGGGUUUGCAGUGCGCCUCCGUUGGUCGGCCAAAUCAGCAUAGUCAGGGCAGAUUAGACUGCAAAAUGGCUGGCCGUAGUUCCCUGUGAGCUUAGUCAAGUCAGAUUAGAAUGCGGUACAAAAUCCAGUGAAGCGUGCACGCAGAAGCGGUAGGAUCUUGUACAUAUGCUGUGUGUAGUGGCCUUGUUGCCAUGAACUGUUGAGAUUCAGUCUGGUUCCAACGUGCAGGGUGCGCACCUUGCUAUUUUUUAUCAUCGCUUUUUGUUUACUGAAGCGUAGGCAUGUGUUUUGAGAUGCAAGUCAUGCGGUGUAUUUGGUGGCGAUUUGAUGCAUUAGAUGACUGUUUAUUUAUAGCCAUUGUGGUAGGUGGUUUUUGAGUACACGUGAUUAACAUUACAAAGUUAGGUGAGGAUAUAAUUGAGGAACCCCCUUGAGAAAAAAGUGAAUUACCACGUGUCGGACUUAGUGUAAUGUGGCUGAAAAUAACGUCAAAGAAUUGAAUACAUAAGAGAAAUUUAAAAGCAUGUGAAAAAAUGGAAAGUUGUUGUAUUACUUUUUGAAUUGCACAGUACAGCUAUUAGCAAUAGUAUUGCUUUAAAGACAUUGAAUUCCAAGUACGGGGUACGAUUUUCCCACUACGUACAUUCUUUAGAGUGUA